CGGCCAAGCUUAGACAGAUUUUCGUUCGGCUUACACGAGAGAAAUGGCAAAUACGAUGAAAACAUCGUUGUUCUCUUUCAAAGUUGGCAUGGUCUGCUUGCUUUUAUCAGCGUAUGGUUGUUCUGGGGACCUUUUUGGUUCUCUACGAUUUACCCGAAAAGCACUCUUUGGGUUUUCUCGAGUUGCUCCAAAUCCCGAAACUGAGCUACCUGUACCUGUUUUCAGUCUCGUUCGUUCUUUGGAAAGCGACUCCCCUACCAAAAGGCCUCAACAACGCACAAUUUACACGCCAUCUAACAAGUUCCUCGAAGUCAUCAGCGAGAUCCAGAAGGCUGUAGCGAACGCUGGUGCGAUGGGAAGUCAGUUGCAAUAUAGCAACCUCACUCUUGCUAAGUUAUCACAGCUUUUGGAAGAUGCAGUCAAGAGCAAAAGCUUCGAUUAUGGUAGAGAGGUACUCGGACGAAUAUUAUAUUUACUCAGCAAGUCUUCUAAGCGAAAAAAAAGAUCUCUCGAGAAUGAAGGAAAUCUCUUUCUUCGGAGACUUCGUCAGGGUCUAGGAAACGAGACAUUUGAUAGCUUUAUGGCAGUCGAAGGAAAUGUGUCUUUGGUGUUUGUUAUUGACGAUACCGGAAGUAUGGGUGAUACAAUAGAAGCCGUAAAAAAGAUAGCCACAGCUGUCAUCAAUUAUCCGCGUGAGGUGCCAGUGGAUUAUAUCCUAUCACCUUUCAAUGACCCUAUGUCAGACGCCGGAGAGGUGGUAUAUAAAGAAAGCAACCAAUCUUUAGAGUUUGUUGAUGCAAUAAAUGCCUUGACUGCACAUAGAGGGGGAGACUGCGCGGAAUAUACUUUAGCGGGUAUUGUAAAUGCUUUCGGGCAGGACCCUCUGUUCGGCUCUCCUAUGUACGUUUUUACUGACGCUGGCCCCAAAGACGCUACGGAGGAGAAAAUAGAAGAAGUGAAGAUUCUGGCAGAAAUGGAUGAUGUCACAAUACAUUUUCUGACUACAGGCGCCUGUGGGGGUAAGCUUCACCCAGCUUUUCGUGAACUUGCCGAGUUCACUUCGGGACAAGUCGUGCUGUUGAAAAGCGCAGAAGAACUGGAGAAACUUGCAAACGUUAUAAGAGGAGCCUUGGAAGGUACUACCAUCAUCAGCUUCGGAUCCAGCGUGUCCGGUAGAAAAAAAAGAACUUUCGGCGGGCUGCGUCGUUAUAGGUUCCCCGUGGAUGAUUCCAUCGAGACUGUAACAAUAUCAGUUAAAACGAAUCAGCCUGACACAAACGGCCGGGAUAUUACUUUGAGAAACCCCUCUGGGGCCAUCAUUACAGCACAGAAGGUCAACCUUUCUCAGCUUUGUUUCUACCAAAUUGCGAGCCCCCCAAAAGGUUAUUGGACUUUGGAGAUUACAACAGACACGACUGGGGAUCACGAGUUUUACGUCAAAUCAACCAGCAAGACAAACAUCAACUUCAAACACUAUUUUAUGAUUCCAGUGGGACGUCGUCGAAGGAAAAGCGAGGUGCCUUUUUCGAACCCUAUCGCACGAAAAUCAAACACGAUGGUGCUUACAUUACUGGCUCCUAAUGAUAAAGUCGACCCAGCCUCCCUUCGUUUACAGAUUGUCACCGCAUCUGGCUCUGUUGUUCGCAAUUUGAACCUUUCGUCGAAUGAUAACGUUCAUUAUGAAGUGAGUUUUACUCCACCAGCCACGGCCUUUAAACUCAAACUCCUUGGUGUUACUCAGAAAGGGUUUGCAUUUGAAAGACUGUCUCGUCGUUUCAUCCAACCAAGUAAUGCGUUUCUUAGGGGACGAUACGCAAGUAAUGACUUCACCCUGCCGUUGAACAGUCUUACUAUCAUCCAGUUUGAGAUCUGCAACUUUGGACCCAGUGAGCGUUUUGAAGUCUUGGUUAGGAAGGACUGGAUGAAUUACGUUUCACAGCCUAGUGCCGGUUCCCAGCGACCAACGUUGGUUGGCAAGGGUCGUUGUGUGGCUUUGUUCCUUCGCGCGAGGCCCACGCGCGUUGCAGAUGUGCACAAAACCAAUACAGUAAUUUUGAUCGUUAAAGGGCAGUCCUCUGGUAUUGUCCUAUCACGUUUAAUGAGGCUUUUUGUCGUCAAUCCAAAGAGGUCCUGAUCAGAGGCAUGAUUUCAUCUAUUUGCUUUCCCGAUUGAUAUCAAAGGACUAAUUAGACAGUAACGCUUAGAUUAUCUCAUAAGGAGUUGGUGAAGAAGUGGGUUGCAGUAAAUCUACUUUAAGACCCUCCCCCCUCCUCCCCUAUAAUCAAUAAUUCUCCGAUCCACCCCCCUGUGUAUUAAUCAACUUUACGUAGAUGUCAGAAUGACAACCUAAACAUAAAUGGCUUUUUGUUGAAGAGAGAAAAGUUUGGAAGUUUUUGUGUAAAAUACACAACAUUGAUCAAAACUAGGAAACAGAGAAAUAGAGAGAGGAAAAAGCUGAA